AUGAGGGAGGUGGGAGGGAUGGAGGGUGGGAUCCAAGUUGGUAUCGGACGAGAUACGAUCAAUGAGACCCGUCUCAUUGAUCUGCGAAUUGCCCUCGGUGAGAGGGGAGAGGAGGAGGGAGGAGAAGGUGAUACUGAGGGGGUAAUACAACAUCCAUCACGGCUUCCAACUCGUCCACGCCCCAACCUGCAGCCAGAGCCGCCGCGCACCUACAGAUCGCCCCCCCCCUCAUCCCUCCAUCCGGACAGACGUGCUGUACGGGCUUGCGCGAAGCAAGGAAAGCCAGUUGUGCGGAGCGGUGCGGAGCUGCACAGCGCACCGCGGGGUCCAUCCAGGUCUGAGUCUUGCGCCGGCGUGCUGCACGCAUGA